AUGACUAUAAUAACGAAAUUACAUAAUUUUUCUACUUCUUCACUAUGUCAUUCUAAUAAUUUAAGAAUGAUUUUACCAAAACGUCGAUAUGCCGUAAACGCUAAAAGCCAACCGAAAAUAACAUUUUGUACGCGUCCUGAACUACUUACGCAACAAAUUAUUUUAACGAAUGGUGCAACGUACACGAUUCGUACAACAUCACCAAAACCAUUAAUUAAAUUGAUUAAAGAUACUCGAAAUCAUCCACUUUGGAAUCCUACUAGUGGUGACAGUGCGUUAGAUGUUACAGGUCAAUUAUCUAAAUUUACCAAAAAAUUUGGAGAAGAAGUAUACGAUUUAGAUUUUAUGUCUUCUGGUGAAGCUUUGCCUGAGAUUACUAGUAAAGACAUUGGUAUUAAGAAAGAUAAAAAGAAAAAGAAAUAG